UCAGCUACCUACCUACUUGUUGAAGUUUUCUUUCUUGCAGAAGUAUAGUAUCCUUGUUUUGUGAAUUUGUUAGCUUAUUUCGGGUAAAUCAGGAAAUAUGCCCACCCUAUUUACGUCAAUUAAGGAAUAUUAUUACGUGAGCUUGAUUACUACUUGAAAAGUGUUGAAAUCGCGAACUUGAACCAAAGCAGCAGGAUUGUGAUUGUGUUUUGUUUGAGAGUGUUAAUUUUUCCUAUUGAAUCGGAUUCUGAAACUUUGGCAAAGAAAUGUGUUGAUUGUUGUCAUCAAAGUACGUAACUAACAUGGAUAAUCUUGACGAUUCGGAGAAUAAUGCCAAGGUGUCGGACUCGGCCUACUCGAACAGCUGCAGUAACAGCCAGUCCAGGAGAAGUCACAGCUCCAAAUCGACGCAUUCUGGCAGCAACUCCAGUGGAAGUAGUGGAUAUGGGGGGCAACCAUCCACAUCAGGGAGCAGCAACCAACCACCGGAGAAGAGGACCAAAGAGAAGGAACCCAAAAAGAAGAAGCAUGUGCAAAUAAUCACCGAGAAGGCAGAGGUUGCUGCUGAAUGUCAACCCUCGGAGCCGGUGCCGGCGUUGGACGCUCCGAAGGAGGAGGUCAGCGAUGUUAUCGAGUUGCCUUCGCCAGCGCUAUCGCACAUUGAAAAAGGUCCGGAGAGCAUGGACAUCUCUUCGCCAGAGUCUUUGCUGAGUAAAGAGGAAGUUGCAUCCACCAGUAACCUCCAGUUGGGAACACCAUCUAUGAACGUCGUCGUCAAUCGCACUACCCCGACGUUCAGUUCCGACGGAUUCUCGUGUGUGAUAUCGAUGCAUGACGGAGUGGUCAUGUAUACCACAUCAUCGCUGACGGCCACCCUUGGCUUCCCCAAAGACAUGUGGGUAGGCAGAUCAUUCAUCGACUUCGUUCACCCAAGGGAUCGCUCCACUUUUGAAUCUCAGAUAACUAAUGGCUUGGCCAUAACGAAAAUCGUAAAUGGUACGCAAAAAAAAGUUCCAGCACCAGAGAACGCCAUAUCGACUAUGGUCUGCCGCAUCAGACGCUACCGGGGCCUGACCACCGGGUUCGGAGUCAAAGAACGCAUGGUUACCUACAUGCCGGUGCUGCUGAAACUAACCUUCAAGAACGUCAGCGAUGAAGACGGAGGCAUCAUCUACCUGGUCAUCCAAGCGACUCCUUUUUAUUCGGCGUUUAAAGUCCCAAACGAGAUAGCUUGUAAACCCGUGCCCUUUGUGAUGCGCCACGCCGCCAACGGCAAUCUGGAGUACAUAGACCCUGAGUCGGUGCCCUACCUGGGUUACCUGCCUCAAGACCUGGUGGGAGAAGACGCCAUUAGGCUGUACCACCCUGAAGACAUGUGCUAUUUGCGCCAGGUGUAUGAGACUAUCGUGAAAGAAGGGAGACUGCCCAGGUCUAAUCCUUACAGGAUGCUGACCCAAAAUGGCUUCUACGUCAAGCUUGAGACUGAGUGGUCUUCUUUCAUCAACCCCUGGUCGCGUAAACUGGAGUAUGUCAUCGGCAAACACCACAUUAUUGAGGGGCCCAGCAACCCAGACGUGUUUCAAACCCCUGAACUGGAGAAGGCUCAAAAGAUGUCAGAAGAUGAGAAGAUACAGCAGCAAGUAAUGCGAGAGAAAAUCAUCAAGAUCCUGAAUGAGGUACUCACUAAACCGGCUGAAGCAGCUAAGCAGCGGAUGAAAAAGCGCUGCCAGGACAUCGCCUCUUUCAUGGAGACCCUGAUGGAGGAACAGCCCUGGAAUGAUGAUGAGCUCCGUCUGGAGAUACAGGACCCUGACCACAGCUACUAUGAGCGAGACUCUAUGCUUGGUGGCAUAUCGCCUCAUCACGAGUACAAUGACAGCAAGUCCAGCACUGAGACACCUCUCAGUUACGCACAGUUAAAUUACAAUGAGAACUUGCAAAGAUACUUCGAUAGUCACCAGCCCUUCUCAUACGAGGACUACAAUACGGCUGUCGGAGAAAACAUUUUCGGUCUCAAAGAAAAGCUAAUUUCUUCUAAUUGCAUGUCGCCAAUGGCACAACAUUCCGGGGACUCCGCAGACCUCAAUAGCUCUUGUGAGAGUGGGCUAACAGCGCGCGUCGGCAGUCCCGCGGCGCCUCUAGGAGACUACCAGCCUGUGAGGCUUACCGAGUCGCUUUUGAUCAGGCACAAUAGUGAAAUGGAAAGAGAGCUUGUGCGAGCUCACCGCGAGAUUCGGUCCUGUAGCAAGGGAGAGAAGGAGAAGUCUUCGAUUGAGAAGAAACAGAAGAAGAAGGAGCAUCUGGCUCGCUGCAAUGCUUCGUUCCAGCCCGCAGCUUCGGGCACUUUGGCGCUGGAGCCAAUAGUAGAAAGGAAGCCGCACGGCAUGAAGCGUGCAUCAAAGCAGACGGAUACCGAUCCCGUGUCGCACAAGCACCACUGCCCGUCGCCGCGCACACCCCGCCGCCGUCACGUAACCACCGCGGCGACCACGCAGCCGUCGGCCACCAUCACUACUACUGUCGCUGCCGCCUCUCAGUGGCACCCUAACGCGGUGAACAACAUGAACUACAUGAACACGUUCAUACUGGGCGUCGGCAUCCCGCAGCAGAUGCAGCUCAUGAGCCCGGUCAUGUCCCAGCAAGUCGCGGCUAUGCCAGGCAUGCCAGGCGUGUUUCCUAUGUACUACGCGCCUCCACAGUCUACACCCAUGCCGAGUACUUCGGACAACACAAAGGACCCUAACAAAAGCAACCCACAGUACCCACCGCCUCCUACUAUGCAAUGCAUGAUGUAUGGUCAAGCAAUGUACGGGUCUCCGUUCAUGUACUCGCCCGUCGCGCCUUCGUAUCCCGUGCAACAGACCAUGAUGGCCCAACAGACCAUGAUGGCCCAACAGACCAUGCAAUACACAAACUCGCUGAACCCUCUCGGGCUCACGCGAAGCAACUACGAAGAGGCGUGUAAGCCCAGUGUGCCACUAAGGCUCACGAAAAGCGGCGGCGGGUGGAGGGACAAAAAACGCGAAUCUCAGGCUGCCUCCUCCAAAACCGAUCACGGCAGCGCCGAUAGUAUGACUUCCACCAGCGCCAUCAACCGGGAGUCUGGCGAAAAGAAAUGCGGUAAUCUGAGUGCUCAUAGGAAAAUGGACAGAUAUAUCACUGACGCGCGAUCAGCGACGAAUAGUAACAGUCCUAAGGACCCUAAGAGCACAGAAGCGGUGCCUGACUCUAUACAGAACAGGAACGUAAAAUCCAAGAGCCCGAACUCGAAAAUGCGCACUAGCGACGAGGGUGUCGACAGGACUGAUGGAGAGUCUAGCUACUCAUCUUUCUAUUCUUCCUUCUUCAAGACUGAGUCUGGCAGCGCUGAAGAAAGCGGAGACCCCAAAAAGGGUCGGAGAUUCCGGACGUCAACUGAGUUUUGGGACAAGAGUACCCCUGAUGACCUCAGCUCCAUGGACACCACCAAUGCGUAUCGGGAAAGCGAGGCCAAGAAGAAGGUGCCCCGCAGGAAGAUGGAACCGUCGUGGAUGGAACAAGUCUGCGUCACAUCAGAAUUAAUCUACAAGUACCAGAUUUUGACAAAGACUUUAGAAGAAGUUUUGAGCUCUGACAAGGAGAAAAUGGCACACCUACCACAGCCCUCAUUGGUGAACGAGCAGUUAGGCCAGCUGUACCUCGACCUGCAGUUGGAGGGAGUGGCCUCGCGCCUGACCCUCGAGGAAGGCGUCACCAGCUCCAGCAGUUCUGGAGAGGAGACCAGCACCAAUACAGUACGUACACCAAAGAAAAAGCGGGAAUACAGCAAGCUCGUCAUGAUCUACGAGGAGGACGCCCCGCUGCCCCCUCCCUCCACUGAUGACGAAAUGCCGCCAGAGUCUACUUAGUACAGGCGCCACCACACAGUGGUGUUGCUCCGGUGUGCCAUCACACACACAUACAACAAAAUGACAGUCAAAUGGUGUUGCCCGACUAAAGGAGAACAAUGCUACGCCACAGUGUUACUCACCAUUGUUAACACGGUACUCGUGACGGUCAACAAGUGCGCGAUUAACAGAACGUUUCAAUAUCGUAUCGCGUAGUUUCGGAAGCCUUUAAGCCUAUUCUGUGCAUCGCAGGGCGGUUACGUAUCGCACAUUAUUUCAAUGAAUUCUGAAAGUUCGAAAGGUAAUGAGUUUGUGUACUAGCUUUUUUGUAUUAAAAUUCAAUUAUGGAAACACCAUGACAAUAUGUGUUAGAUAAGAAAUAUUGAUUCUUCACUGUCGUUAUGUCACUGCCUGCACCGAAAGACUAAGUCCUGUGUUAUAAAAGACCAAACCUCAUUUAAAACUCCAGCAUAGAUUCAAGCAAUGUGAUUGGUUUAGUUCUAAUUAGACCAAUAACAAACCAGAAUCUGAUUUGGAGUUUGCAUUAAGUUUUGAAGUUUGUUUCCUUAAGGACAUAAGUCUCGGAUAUCGCACUGCGAUGGACAGAUCUACCAAUAAACUGCCAUGUUUAAGUUAACCUAUAAAACCAAAUCUAAUUUUAGUUUAUAAAGAUAUUUUGACAGGGAAUCAAAACAAUCGAAUAGUAACUGCUUAUGUUUAUUUUGACAUUAACUUUUUUUGUAGUCAUACCAAUUAAUUUAUUAUUAUUAUAUAGGUUUAAAGGCUCUUGCAAUUCUAGUAUAGUUAAGUAUAAUUAGAGGUAUUAACGUUGUUAUACGCCAAAUUGAUGUUCCUAGUUCUUUAUCAGAAAAUGGACUCAAAUUGAAACGUAAUGUAGUAAAAAUGAAAAGCUAUCAAGUUUAAAUUUUAUAGCUGUUGAUUGAAUGAAAGAUUAUAUUAUUACAAACAUUCAAAUUAGUACCAACCAAAACACAAAGAUUUAUUAUGUAGAUACUUGUUGAUUAAAUAAAAUGACUAUCAAAUCAGAGAAAACUAAUUUACAGACAAAAUAUUUAUACUCUCAUA